ACACUCAACAAGCACGUAAAAAGUAAAAAUCACCCACCUAGCUUUUCUGGCUGGUUUAAACUGUACACCUAUAUAUAGUUAGCUAACAAGUCUAUAUAGCUAUGGCCGAGAGAAAAGACAAUGAACAAGAAUACUUAUUCAGAAAUGUUCAACUCUUCAAGAAUGCUACCCUUGGUACUGGCUCCUACGGGGCAGUGUGUAAAGCCAAGUGUGACCAGCUACUCUGUGCUGCUAAGCUACUCUAUCCAGUGCUCUUCCAAAUGACUGUUCCAGAUCCUGGCAAAGAACAUAGACACCCGUUUAGAAGAUUCGAAACUGAGUGUGCGUUUCUGAGUCGUGUCAACCACCCCAACAUUGUACAGUACCUGGGGACCUAUCGCGAUCCGGACACAAAUGCACCAGUUCUUCUCAUGGAGCUCAUGGACGAGAGUCUGACACACUUCCUGGAGUCAUCACCUGGAGAUAUUCCCUACCACAUCCAAGUCAACAUCUCCUAUAACAUAGUUCAAGCACUUGCCUUUCUCCACUCCAAUGGGAUCAUCCAUCGCGACCUCUCCAGCAACAAUGUCCUACUCAUUGCAGGCAAUCGAGCCAAAGUCACCGAUUUCGGAAUGUCCAAAUUCAGGGACAUAAACGCCACCCGACUAGCCACAAUGACCACAUGCCCGGGAACACCAGCCUUCAUGUCUCCCGAGGCACUAAAUGAACCACCAGUGUACACAGAGAAACUAGAUACCUUCUCAUUUGGUGUGCUUCUAGUUCAGACUACAACUCGACAAUUUCCAAAGCCAACAGAUUCAUAUGAAAUGAGAGAACUGUUUGAUCCACGAUUUCCGAACCAAGCAAUUCAAGCCAAAGUUGCAGUGCCUGAGAUAGAGAGAAGACAAGCCCACAUCAGCCUGAUUGAGCCCACCCAUCCUCUGCUGCCGAUUGCUCAUCAUUGCCUCAAAGAUAAAGAUGCUGAACGACCAUCUUCCCAGCAGCUUUGCCAAAUACUAGAUGCUCUCAAGAGGACACCACAGUACCAAGAAGGCUCCCAACAAGACCUGGACCAGGUGAUUAGAGAGAAAGAUGAACAAAUUACUGAACAACUACAAGCAAAUCACCACCUUAUAAUAGAAAAUGAAAUGGUGAUGAGAGAAAAGAAUGAGCAAAUUGCACAAAAAGACAUGCAGCUACAAACACAUCAAGAGACAUUAACAAAAAGCUAUAAACAAUUACAUACACAAGCGAAUGAAAUUCAAACCCUCCAAGCAACCCUUCAACAUGAGGCUGAAGCCAGAGAAAAACAGCUGAGGAAACUCAACCAAGAGUUGCAAUCAAGUAAGGAGAAUACUUUUGCCCUCCGACAAGUCAUCGAUCAACGAGACAGAGAAGUAUCUCAACUGAGACAAACGUUGGCAAGUAAGAACGAGGAAAUUCACGACCUAUCGACUCGAAUGCACCAAGUUGCACUGCAAGAUGAACAAGCUACACUAAUGAAACCUGUUACAAUACAGUCACUACCUGAGGUACAUGUGGAUAUUGGGUAUGGAUCAUCAGCCGUGACUGGAAACAAGGCAUACUUUAAUUCAUUUGGAUCUACAACUGUUUAUGAAUUCAGCAACAAUCAGUGGCACAAGUUACCACCUUGCCCUAACAAGGACUUCACUAUUGUCUGUGUUGAUGAUAAGAUCACAACUGUGGGGGGACGGUCAGGGACACAACGCGGCUAUAGUAACAAACUCUACAGCUACAUUAACAACAAAUGGGUCGAACACUUCCCUCCUAUACCAACCGGACGGUGGGGACCUGGAGCUGUGUACGCUAACAACACACUUGUAGCGGCUGGGGGAUAUUGUGAUUUAAAAAGUUUAAAUACUGUCGAAAUAUUAAACAAUGCUAAUAUGCGAUGGUCUAUUGUUAGCUCACUACCUGUGCCAACCUAUCAACCAUCAACAACGAUCUGUGGAGACUAUGUGUACAUACACCCACGUUUUAAUGAUGAGCAAGAGCAGUAUUCCGUGUACAAAUGCUCAUUAAGACAACUAACUCAGUCCCAGCCAAGCUCAGCUAUAUGGGAGAAGAUUACCCCUUUGCCAGUUACACAUUCCACUCUUGCUACCAUCAAUGGUCACCUGCUGGCAGUGGGUGGGGUGGACUCUAAUAGAGAUAUAACUAAGGACAUAUAUCAGUACAAUGAGACAUCAUGGACUGUCAUCAGUCAAAUGUCAACACCUCGAUCAGUAUGCCACACUGCUGCCCUCCAUGGGAACAAACUGAUGGUGGUAGGAGGAGAUUGUACAGACAGAAAAUGUACUUUUGUAUAGCUAGUGACUAAUUUUUAUUUUAUUUAGCAUUACAGCGUAGAAAUAAAAUUAAUUUGGCAGAAAUUAAAUACGUUGCUUUGUUAAUACCAA